CAGACACAGCGGUGAUGAUGCUUUUUGGCAGGUCAGCACAAACUCAACGUGCCGAACGUUGCCAGAGCUCUAACAUGACCCCAGGUCGUUCUCCGUGGCAAAUCUGGCUCAGCAAGUUCUGUUCAAAGGUGCUAGACGUGCACAAUGCUGGAGCCAAGGAGCCUCAUAGAACUGGUGGAACAGCCAAGGGUGCAGCAAAGGAAGGGAGGCACAAGCUCGAUUUUCGGUUCAAGACCAGACAGGGGAAACAAGUCUUGCUGCUCCAAGGGGUGUGCAACGGCAUGCAUCAACUGCGCUAUCGUUGGAUCGACCACUGUUGGGGUCGUGUUGGGCUUAUCCUCUGCGUCCUACGGACACAUCCCGAAUGGGGCACCCGUCUCAUUGCGACAGAUCAUUCAGGACCCUGAGACUAUGUUCGCACAUUUCGGUUUCGUGUCUGGGCCAAUGGUAUUCAUAUUCCUGAAAGGAUUUUUCAAUUUCGUGGUGCAGAUGGCACUCUACGUAGGCAUGGACAUGUGCCAAGGAAGAGACGCAAUCCGCAAGAAGUUUGAAGAGCCCCAGAGGCUGAGCACUCUGUCGUUUCUCUUCCAAACGAUAGGUUUGACGUCGACAACCUUCGCUUACACGAGGAUCACGGCGGCGGCCCAGCCAUGGGCAUCUUGGCGUGGAUGGGAGAUCUGGUCUUUCCUCAUCUCCCAACACAUGGGCACCAUCACCCUGCUCGUUGGACUUUGCUCCAAUUUGAUCGCAGCGGUCCUCAUCGACGACGCCGAAGAAAUCGGCUACGACGAGCGUGCCGUCGGCAGAUGUUUGGUUGUCUGCGGCCUUGCCGUCGGCACCCCAGUGUGGCUCUCACUUGGGUCCACGGCGUGGCCGUGUAUCCUGUUUCUCGGAUUGACAACACCUGUUUGUUUGAAGGUUCUCUUCCGGUUGCCGUGUGUCGCCUCAUUCGGGAACCCGACGUUGAGAGAGAUGGUGCGGAUGCUUCUCUUCCGGGAGCACGGUGCAGAUGGUUUGAGUGCGUGGGCAUUGUUGACAGUAUCGUCUUGCGUUUGUUUUUCUAUACUAUCGGUCUUGGUCGGCGUCGACCGGACAGACACGUGGUUGCUGGUUGGGACGACAUACGUAUCGCUUUUGUUCCCGCUUGUUGCCACAAGCGCUGUAUUGUCCUUGGUCUGCAACACUGCACCUCCGCAAAUGUUGGCCUUCUGGAUGUCCAUGAGCUUGGUUUACAUCACAAUUAUGACGAUCCCAGCAUCGAUCCUCAGCUGGGACGGGGACAUUCGGAUCGGUGGUUGCGCGCCCGCUGCCUUCAUGGGCAAGCAGGCCCGGCCCUUCUUUCGCCACACGUUCUUCUUGCCCGCCGAGGACGCGCUGGAGACAGCAAAGGCGACGGUCGACGACGACUACGUGUUCACGCGCAAGUUUCUUUUGUGGUUGAGCCAGGUCGUCAGCUUCUUCACGUGAUGCUUGCUAGCCCACCCUGUUUAGCAGGGGCAAGGGUCUGCAUUGCUGGAAGAGCACAAGGACAACCUCAGGUCGGCCCCGUCGGCACUGCCGUCAUCUCAUUAGAAGCCAGCGGAGCAAUCUCGCGUCUGUUGCCACAGCUUCUGGCCUGCCCGUGAGACGGCCUCGCAGGAUAGCGCAUACGCCUUCCCGCGAGGCGAGGCGCGUCUGGACCGCCUCAGCAUUCGAUGCUGUCGGUGGUUAGGUCGUUGCCGAGAA